AUGGGGCAGCCCGAUCAGGCAAGGCCGCCGGGAAGCGCGUGCGUGUGGGUGGUUGCGGUGCUCCUCCUCCUCGCCGUGUUCGCCGGAGGCGGGUGCCUGGUGCUCUACGUGACGCUGCCGCCGGCCGAGGUGCCGCAAUGGCUUCCCAUUGCCGGACUCGCACUCGUCGCGCUCCCUUGGGCGUUCUGGAUCGCCACGUGCGCCUACAGUUGCUGCUGCUCGCGUUCGUCGCCUCCGGCUCAGGCGGCGGGGGCCGUGGAGCGGCAGCCUUUGAGGUCGGCCGCGGUAGUACCGCUGCCGAGCAGCACGAACAUCAAGAGCGCGCUUAGCAAGAAGCACAGGCGAUCUCCGGCGGCGUCAACCAACAACGCGUGGCGGGUGCACUUCGGGGAGUCCAUCGUUCUCGGAGACGAGGAGAAGGACGAUACCUCGUCGGUGAAUUCGCACGAGAGCGAGGCGCCGCUGGCCUACUCCGAGCAUCCUUCCUGA